AGCGGACCUUCAUCGCAACAGCCUGGAGCUUCCACAAGCGCGAAGACUGUCUGAAUUCGCGUUUCUACCAGCUGUACAAUUACGGCGGUUGGGGCGCUUUAAAACCAGCACUGGUGGAGGCGGGUGGGACGCUGGACGGCUACAAAAUUCACAAGGAACAAGACGAUGUGGGCGAAGGGACUAUCCAUGUGACAGCAGACACGACGUUGCGGUCACACACGCACGACGAGGCCGCAUAUGAAAAUAUUACAUCGAGGUUGAGCGCAGUCGACGGGUCUUUGCCUCUCCUGCUUCCGUCUAAUGUGCACUACGAUGCGGCGCUCGACGCGGCCAUCUCGAGGGUUUAUGACGAACAUUUUCGUGCCAAGAAGCGCGAAGUCGAGGACGUUGUUCUUGGAAUGGAACAGGAUCAGCAAACGACAGCAGAUGAUGCCCAUCCAACCGCAGCUGAUGAAUUUUCGAAGCCUGCUCCUGCUCCUCCUUGCACGCCUGGCGGAUUUUUUCUCGACUUGGAUUUCCCAGAUACCCACAGUGCAUCCUGGGAAAGGAAAGCCUGCCCGAGUGAUGUACAACCGGCGCAGACUCCUCGUGCGGAGCUAAAUGGGUCGACGCCUGAAGAAGAACGACAAUGUUGGGGUGAUCCAAACGAAAGAGAAGCCUGUUGGCCGUUCGGAACUGCGUUGCAAGACAGUGAAAUAUUAAAGCAAGCAGAUCUUGUUCAUCAUCACAACAUCGGCAAGAGAAAAAACGCCGCCAGCGAUGCAGCUUUGCCUGAUAAAAAUAAACUCCUCCUCGUUCCACCGCACGAGGAAAAUAAUGUCUACCAAGGCUGCAAUAACGUGUCCCUCGAAUCCACGCCCUUCCUGAGCUUCCGCGUCCGGACGAAAAAGCGGUUUCUCAAGGAACUGAAAAUCUGUACGAUCAAUGCUCCCAACGACGCAUUCGUUCUCGGCCAACCUCUAGACAAUCUCAAGGAGGUCGCGAGCGAGGACGUCCCAAAGCUUUUCUCCGGCUGGAAUCAAGCGGACGUAAAACUCGUAGAUAUCUCGGACAAGUACCGUGGGGUUGAUCUUCUCCGCUGCACAAAUCCUGUGUUGGAGGAGCGACUUUUUGCCAGCGGGUCGUGGGCGCGAGCAGGAGCUGCACCAGGAGCCAGCUGUGACGAAACUACGCCGCGGCCAUCGAAAAAACCCGACUGGGACGCGUGUCGCGAAAGCGUGUGGCAGCGAAAGGAGCUUGACUAUGACGUGUGGCAAUCUCUGAUCCUACCGGUGAAGAGCAGCAACUUUGAGGAGGUGCGUUUCUUCCUUAUCGCAGUGCUAGAUGAAGAAUUGCAGGGUAGGUCCCGGCACGGUGUUGGAGGGGAGCCUUCUGUGCAGCAAGCCACGAAUGUUGAGAACCACGGCGGCGCCUCAUCUCCACCCCUGAUCGCAACUGUCACGCAAUUCUGCCCGCUAUCCAGAGCUUGCUUGUUCACCUUCACAGGGGGCCGCCACCGCCACAUCGAACAUAAAAGUGAAGUGCCGUUUUGUGCUGUGCCGUAGGACUUUUGCUAGAAGUCGUCCUGUAGAAGAUGAAGAGUUAGAGUUUAGCUUUAGUGAUCCACCAGCCACGACGGACCAGCAGUGGACAGGGCGGGAACGCGGCGAGUGGGGACACGGCCAGGUGGGGACACGGCCAGGUGGGGACACGGCCAGGUGGGGACACGGCCAGGUGGGGACACGGCCAAGUGGGGACACGGCCAAGUGGGGACACGGCCAAGUGGGGACACGACGGCGGGUGGGGACACGACGGCGGGUGGGGACACGACGGCGGGUGGGGACACGACGGCCGGCCAAGUGGGGACACGACGGUCGGCCAAGUGGGGACACGACGGCCGGCCAGGUGGGGACACGACGGCCGGCCAAGUGGGGACACGACGGCCAGCCAAGUGGGGACACGACGGCCGGCCGAGUGGGGACACGACGGCCGGCCAGGUGGGGACACGGCGGCCGGCCAAGUGGGGACACGACGGUCGGCCAAGUGGGGACACGACGCACGGCCGGCCAAGUGGGGACACGACGGACGGCCGGCCAAGUGGGGACACGACGGCCGGCCAAGUGGGGACACGACGGCCGGCCAAGUGGGGACACGACGGCCGGCCAAAUGGGGACACGAUGGCCGGCCAAGUGGGGACACGACGGCCGGCCAAGUGGGGACACGACGGCCGGCCAAAUGGGGACACGAUGGCCGGCCAAGUGGGGACACGACGGCCGGCCAAGUGGGGACACGACGGCCAGCCAAGUGGGGACACGACGGCCGGCCAGGUGGGGACACGACGGCCGGCCAGGUGGGGACACGACGGCUGGCCAAGUGGGGACACGGCGGCCGGCCAAGUGGGGACACGACGGCCGGCCAAGUGGGGACACGACGGUCGGCCAAGUGGGGACACGACGGCCGAGUGGGGACACGGAGGUGGGGUCACGGAGGUGGGGACACGGAGGUGGGGUCACGGAGGUGGGGACACGGAGGUGGGGGCGCGAAGGCUGGUCCGAACGGAGCUGCAGAGGCAGAUUUGGCCCCGGCGCCUCCGCAUCUGCCGGUCAGACUUGCAGCUGCAAUGGCGGGCUGGUCCGGUCUAUAUGCCCAGUAUUUUAUACUAAUUUAAAAAUGUUCCCUUUACAUGAACUUUCUGGGAAAUCCAAAUGCUGAGAUACGACACUCCCUGCUCGAUUUUUUUACCGCUGUGGAAGUUGCAUUAUUUUCAAUGUUCCUCGUAAGAAUUGCAUUUGCAGCAACCGCAGAAGCGGACAGCACUUCGGAAAAACAUUCAUUUGCGCAUGGCUUCCUGGUGGUUGAGCAUCUCUUGGAUAGCUCCGUCGCGAGUUUCGGACAUACGGGCGUCCAGGACACGUCUGCACGGUCUAUUUCGAUCUAGACGAAAGUUUCGAGUACCGGCGUCAGGCCAACAACGACACGCUGGAACAAGCUUGCGAAGCACAGCUGCAGCAAGCUCGAAAGCUGCGUGGCAAGGUCAGUCCCGUGCAGGUCUACGCGGAAGGAACACUGUUGACCAGCAUGAUUUACGUGCCGCUGUGCGCUGUCAGCUCCACGGCGUUGUUGCGGGAGGUGCACAGAGAGACGGCGUGCUCUAGUACCUCUACUUCGACGCGAAAGAACCAGGAUACUAUUCUCGCCACGGGCGUUGAAGAUGGAAAAAAAGAGCGCAGUCUAGUACUUCGCAGCCCGAAAGGACGAAGUCGUCAGACCAGUGGCAACUUUUACACGGAGGCUCUCACAGCCGCGUGGCAAGCUCAUCGCGACGACGGAACUCGGUACGAAAAUUACGUUUGCUCCACGGUUGGAGGAGCUCGGGCAGACCGCUGGUCGGUGGCUCCUGGUGUCGUGUCCAGCAGUGAGGAGGAAGUGCGUUCGGCAUUUGAUGCUGGUUGGCAACAUCAUCUUCCCGACGGCUGCACGACGGAUGUUGACUAUUGGGAACAAGAUUGGCGGGCUUUUUUUCCCGGAGAUGUCAUCGUCAACUCCGUCGGUUGGCUGCGCAGCGCGUCUGGCCACGAGGUGGAGGUCCAAAGGAGUGAAGACGCCUACAUUUUUCAGGAUGAAAGUGACCCCGAAGACCCGAUGUACGAGCAAAAAUCGCUAAGAAAUGUCGAUGAGUCAAUUUCAACAGUGGGUAAGAGGAAAACCACGCGUGACCAAGACCACGAGUGCCCGACGCCAACAUCCGAAGAUGAUAAGGAUCUCAAGCAGAGAACCUAUCGUGCGGCAAAGGAGACCCGAUACCCUAUCCACAUCUUCCUGCAUGGGGACGUAGCGCGCUCGGCGGACACGCAGCAGCUUCCGGGCGUCUGCCAGGGUAUGCUUCCCUACCCCGAGAUCAGCUGGGGACACCCGAUCAAAUAUUUGGAGCGAGGGCUCGCAAGACAGUGGGAGAAGCAAAGGACGCAUCAUCGCCGAGUUUUUGUAGAGGGAAAAGAAAAAGAUGAAUUCGGCAAUUACAACGACCCUGAGAGGAGCUCUAUAGAAGAGCAAGACCGGUGUACCAAAAUGCUCGCGCACUCGGUUCUAAUCAUGCCGUUUUGUACUGACGACUGCUUUUGGUUCCGCGGUCCGCCCAAUCGCUCUGACGCAAAACUGUUCAACCGUGGCGUCGUUGCGGUGAUGGCCAAGCUCCGUCGCAUCGCGAUCGACCUGCUGCAGGGAGAUGCGCGGCGGCUGUACCUGACGGGAGCGUCGAUGGGUGGAUACGGAGUGCUUGAGCUUGCGGCCUUGUGGGGACCCGAGGUUGUGGCCGCCGUGGUGGCGCUUUCCCCGUGCCGCGAGCUACGCACUAACCCAGCGCAGAGUGGGUGGUUCGCGGAGCGGCUGGCGGACAUUCCGCUCUGGAUUUUCCACAGCCGGGAGGACAAGUGCUGCAAAUUCGUGGAUACCCUCUCCCUUGUACACGAGCUUCUGUCUAAGAGGGCGGACAAAUUAGACGAGAUGUUGCACAGAAUCGAGGGACAAGCAACCGCCACCGAAGCUGCACCAGCACCGCUUCGGUUCACUACCUGCGGACUUCCGAAUGUUGCUCGCUGUUUCACGAAACACAGCCGGCUGACCGAAGUCAUGGAUAACUCCGAGGACGUUUAUUUGUGGAUGUACCAGUUUCUUCUCCGAGGAAGCGGCAACAACGAUCAAUCGGGUGAAGGUCGCUGGUCGUGCUUGGACGUCAGUAGAGACUACCCCGUUGCGCCGCAAGGUGGACAAAUGAAUUUGCCAUACCCGAAGAGUGCCUUUCUCGCCUUCCACCAAACUGCGGCAUGGCGGGACCCGGAGCAGGCAAGGUGAUAAUUUGGCAUAACAGGGUCCUCGUCGCGCUCGGUGCACUUCGUACAUGUAGCUCAAUCUUUUGCUCAAAGUCAAAACGAGAUAGAAAAUGAAGUUUUUCCAUAAAUAGUUUUCUCUCCGGUGACCACGGUGUUUCUGUUCAUUAUUAGCAACGCGAAAUUGGCAUGGCUGUUUUCUUGGAAUAGAAGUAAAA